AUGGGCCUCCUAGACAAAAUCGAAGAUAAGCUUGGCGGCUCCAACAAGCAUGAAGAGCAGAGGUUGGAACAGCAGCAGCAGGGAACAACCGCGACCCAUGGAAACCAUGGUCGAACCUCCCACGACACAUACAACACCACCAUUGGCGACAGACUCUCCGAUAGGCAGCACCCUAUCUCAUCGUCGACUGGCCAAGGUAGCGGCAUUGUAGGCGGCACAGCGGUCACUGGAGGUGCAGGUUCCGAAGCCCUCACUGGCUCUCACGGUUAUGGCCGUGAUGACGGUAUUUCCUCGACCAGCGACAGACUGCGUGACACUCGCCUUGGCGGCAACACCAACCCAGAUGGCCCACGCCAGCCGUUCGACCCUUACAGCUCGAAGGGCCAGCAAAUCGCUGCCAACGCAGGAUCCGGUAACACCUACGGUGCAUCAACAGGCCGCGCCGAGGCUGGCGACAUUGGCAGCAGGCGCAAUGUUGAUGACCCAGAAGUUCGCCGUACCUAUGGCGGAGGCGUGAGCAACGGCAAGGACUUGAAGACUGGGCCACACCAUCACCUUGAGAACCGCGAUGCUGUUCCAACGGCAGGUGGUCACAAGGUUGGGGCAGGAGCAACGUCCAACUUGCCUGGCUCAUUCGACACCUACGAUAACUCUCCAACCACACAUGGCCAAAACCACUAUGGCCGUGACGCCGCUUUGGCAGGCGGUGCAGGAGCUGCUGGAUACGGUGCGUACGAAACAACCCACGGCCGCGACAGUACCGGGCCUGCACCAAACACCGCCGGUCCUCACAAGUCGGAUCUCUUGAACAAGGUCGAUCCUCGUGUUGAUGCCAACCAAUCGAGGGACAACACCUACGGCCGUGACACUGGUGUUGGCAGCGACAAGUACCAUGCCCAGACAACCAGCACUCACCCAGGUUCCACGACCACAUCGCACGGAACGUCCGGCAUCGACCGUCGCACAUACGACACCACAUCAACCAACGCGGGCAAUUAUGGUCAAGAUGUGAACUAUGGAAAUCGCCCAUCGGCCGACACACCCCUCACGCAAAGCAAGGACUUCACCGAGAGACACCCACACGGCACCACCGCAGGUGCCGCAGGCGUCGGAGCCGGUGCAGGUGCUCUUGGAGGGAGUGCUCUCAGCCACCGUCAAGGCGAUUCCAGCGACACGAGGAACGUCACGGGCGGUAACUACACCGGCCAGUCUUCCACUCUCGGACACGGCAGCUCGCAGUCUGGCAGCACUGGGGUCUUGUCCCACGGCACUUUGGGAAGCGAUGACCACUCCCUCCGCGGCAGUGAGCUCGCGAAGAGAAUGGGAGGCGCCUACGAGUCUGGAUACCGCGAUGGGUACCGUGACGCUUUGGCGCAUAAGGGACCGCAGGUCUAA